CGAGACUGAUUGAGGCAAGGCAGAAACGCUUCAAUGAUGAACUUGUCUUGUUUAUUAAUCGUUUUGUGUCUUUUUUCUCAUAUAACUUUAACGUCAGGUUUCAUGGAAGUGUUAGCUGCUUUUGUAGCUUAUACGUAUGACGCAAUAUUUCAAGGGGAUGGUUUAAAGCCUUUUGAUCCUAAACGUUUGGAGGAAGAUCUCAGACGGUCUCUGUAUGGGCAGCACAUCGCUUCCGAGGUCAUACUAAAAGCUGUAUCGUCGUUCAUGACUGACAGUAAUCCCAAUAAACCGCUGGUCCUGUCUUUCCAUGGGACAUCAGGGGUAGGGAAAAAUCAUGUUGCUAAAAUCAUCGCAAAAAACAUUUACAAAAAAGGAGAAGAGAGCACGCAUGUUAGCACAUUUAUUUCUGAGCUUGAUUUCCCACACGACCAGAUGACGGACCAGAACAGUGCAAAGCUAAAGGAGUGGAUUCAUAAAAAAGUAUCAGGUUUCCCUCGCUCCAUGUUCAUAUUUGAUGAAAUGGACAAGAUGAACCCAAAGAUUAUCGAAACCAUAAAGCCAUAUCUAGACUACAACCCCCAUCUAAAUGGAGUGUCAUACCGCAAUGCAAUCUUUAUUUUUCUCAGUAAUGCAGGUGGACAAGUGAUCACAGACUUGACUUUGGAUUUCUGGAGAAAUGGCAAACAAAGAGAAGAAAUACGGAUAAACAGCAAGGAACUGGAGAUGCAGAUUGUUCAAAACGUCUUCAAUGCUAAAAACAGUGGAUUUCAGCACUCCAGCCUCUUGGAUCAUCAUCUGAUUGAUCAUUUUAUUCCUUUCCUACCUCUGGAACUGAAGCAUGUGCGUCAGUGUGUCCUGUCUGAAAUGGCCCACCUGAAAAUGACUGAAGACUUUGAUCUGGCUGACAAAGUGGCCAGAGACAUGCCUUUCUUUCCUUCAGGGGAGAAAAUCUUUGCUGUUAAAGGCUGCAAGUCAGUCAGACAGAAGCUGGUGCUUUAUGCUGAUGAUUAGAUGAAAGAGACUUGAGAUGCACAUUUUGUCCACAUUGUACUGUUACUGAUUAGACUGUCGUUUUCUGCACUUAGCUGACGACAUUGAAGUAUGAUUUGACUUUUGACCUUUUUUACUUAUUAAUAUUUCAGUGUUGAAGAGUUACCUUGCCUAGUCUGGAUUUAAAGCGGUGUAAUGUCUGUCAAGUUUCACCAAGUGGAAUUUGAAGAAUAAUCGCUGUUUUCAAACCGUUUUCAGAAAACGUCCCCGUCUUUCGUUGGCUGUUUUAAAGGGAUAUUCUCGCCCCAAACUCAACUGGUCGAGUCAGUGUUGCUGUGUCAAGCUGGCUUGUUUUUGUUUUCUUUUUCGUGCCUUACACAUCAAUUUUUGUUUUUUAAUAGGAAGAACACAACUUAUAUAUGGGUGUUUCUUCAACUUUGAGCACUUUUAGCUCUGUGAAUUUCUAGAAAAUAAAUUUAUUUUCUAGAAAUUCACAGAUA